AUGGCUGGGGGAGCAGAGGAAGGUGUGGGCUCAAAGGAGAUGGCGGCGGGAAGUUCGUACUGGGCAGGAGGCGACGGGCCUGCGGCUUGGGCUGAUACAAAUUCUUCAAAGUCAGUUGGCAGUGAUGCACCUUACGUUGUGAAAGUGGAACCCAGUGACAAUGGACCUCUUUUUACUGAAUUAAAGUUCUACCAACGAGCUGCUAAGCCAGAGCAAAUUCAGAAAUGGAUUCGCACCCAUAAACUGAAGUACCUGGGUGUUCCUAAGUACUGGGGGUCUGGUCUGCAUGAUAAAAAUGGAAAAAGUUACAGGUUUAUGAUAAUGGAUCGCUUUGGGAGUGACCUUCAGAAAAUAUACGAAGCAAAUGCCAGAAGGUUUUCUUGGAAAACUGUCUUGCAGCUAAGCUUAAGAAUUCUGGAUGUUCUGGAAUAUAUUCACGAGCAUGAGUAUGUGCAUGGGGAUAUCAAGGCCUCGAAUCUCCUCCUAAGCUACAAGAAUCCUGACCAGGUGUAUGUGGUGGACUAUGGCCUUGCUUAUCGAUACUGCCCAGAAGGAGUUCAUAAAGAAUACAAAGAAGACCCCAAGAGAUGUCACGACGGCACCCUUGAAUUCACCAGUGUCGAUGCACACAAUGGCGUGGCCCCAUCGAGACGUGGUGAUUUGGAAAUCCUUGGUUACUGCAUGGUCCAGUGGCUCAGUGGCCAUCUUCCUUGGGAGGAUAAUUUGAAAGAUCCUAACUAUGUUAGAGAUUCCAAAAUUAGGUACAGAGAAGAUAUUGCAGGUUUGAUGGAUAAAUGUUUUCCUGAGAAAAACAAGCCAGGGCAGAGAUGCAGAGAGAAGGAGAGAGACAGACAGAUCUUCCAUCUGCUGGUUCACUCCCCAAAUGGCAGCAACAGUCAGGGCUGGGCCAGGCUGAAGCCAGGAGCUUUUCUGGGUUGCCCAGGUGAAAUUGCUAAAUACUUGGAAACAGUGAAAUUACUGGGCUAUACUGAAAAACCUCUUUAUCAAAAUUUACGAGAUAUUCUUCUGCAAGGACUAAAAGCUAUAGGAAGUAAGGAUGAUGGCAAACUGGACCUCAGUGUUGUGGAGAAUGGAGAUUUGAAAGCGAAGACAGUGACGAAGAAGAGAAAGAAAGAAAAGGAAGAAAGCACAGCUUCUAGUGUUGAAGAUAUGGAGUGCUCAAGCGCGCAGACGGAGGAGACCGUGCAAACCCGUUCAAGGAGGAGGAGAGCGCAGCAGUAACUCAGAUGCGUGAACCAGCUUUGCGUCCUUUCCACGUGCUUGUUUCUCCUUUCCUGUGUUAAGUGUUUUGUUUUCAUGUGAGUCUUGUGAGAGUGAUAGUUACAUGGUAUUGUCUUUGAAAAACAUAAACUUUUUUACUAAAA